CUCUCUCUCUCUCUCUCGGGGAGGGGUGUGCAGGCUUUUGCUCAGUGGCAACUGAUUGGUUCUCUUAGUUCCGCGCGCUCUGGAUAUUGGAAUAUUUCUCAGUUUUACGCGCAUCUGGGCGCGCGUCUCCAUGACUCUCCUCGCGUCGAACCCGCAGAGACCCGCACGGACAGACGGACGAACAGCAUCGGCGGAGAUCAUGAGGUCUCCGGGGCUCUUUAUCGGUCUACGGAGCGGUCGGGUCGGCGGUGAGAACGGAAUUCGGUAAUUUAAACGCCGCGCUUCAUCCCGCCCCACACCCACGCAGACAAAAUCUGUGUUUUGCGUUCCAAAAAUAAAACGCGCACUUGGCAAAUCCGAGGUCCUGCUGCAUCCAUUCCCGGGAAGCGAGACCGCACGGCUGACGCGCGAGUCCCGGUUCCGCCAUGGUUCUGUGUCAUCCGCGCGUCUGAUGAUUGCGCUCGCAUCAGCAGCAUGUCCUCGCGGAAGAUCUCCUCCGAAUCCUUCAGUUCCAUGGGCUCGGAUUAUUUGGAGAGCCCGGGUGAGGACGGAGAGUGCCCGUUCUCGCGCGUCUUCUGGAACGGCAGGAGUCCUGUGGACACGCUCUCGUGUCCGUUCGAGGACGCGGCCGUCAGCAGGAGGGUCGCGCGGCGCAAACGCGUCAAUCUGGACUCGCUCGGGGAGAGUUUAAGACGCCUCACCUCACCCACGAGCCAGACGAUUCAGUUGGCCCUGCAGAGAACGGCCGAGUAUUACAGACAGAGAGAAAUCAGUGGGCAGGAGUUUGUGAGGAGCUUGUCAGAUGAGCAGAAGUGUUUGUAUGAAAACUCACGCUGUGACACGCAGACUGACAUCUCAGGAAUAUUGAAGUACACAGCAACUAUUUUAGGUGUGGACUUUGCAGCCGUACGAGGCCGUUUCGGAGAGGAAUUCUUUGGUCUGUGCCUGGAGGAGAAUGAGAGGGUUCUGCGAGCUCUCGGCGGGAGCCUGCAGGAUUUCUUCAACGGUUUCGACGCUCUCCUGGAGCACAUCAGAACCUCCUGCGGCCGGAGAGCUUCAUAUGAGGCUCCCUCUUUCCUAUGCAAAGAUGCUCCUCAGGAGAACGAAGAGACGAACGAAGAGACAGGUGGAAGGCGAACUCUUCUCCUCCACUGCUUCAAUCCCGACCCCACAGUGGGCGUGGCCAUGCCGGGGUUGAUCCGAGCCGCCGCACGACGCAUCUACCAAACGGACGUUUCGGUGGAGGAAGCUCCUCCCACCUGGCUGCACGCGCUCAGUGAGGAGGAUGGAGAGCUCUCGGUGGACUCCUCCCCCUCCUCGUCUCCAUCUCCGCCCUCUUCUUCAUCUCCCGCCUGUUUGUCGUUCCUCAUCCGAGAGGUCCGGACUCAACCCUCUUCAUCCUCACACCCCGCCGCCACGUGCCGACAGCUGUCCCGCUCGCCGCUGGAUUUGCGGAUCGGUCUGAGCACAUUUUGCCGGGCCUUUCCGUUCCACCUGGUGCUGGGAGCCAACAUGGAGGUUCUGCAGGUCGGGGAGGGUCUCAGAAAACAGACCAAGAGCGACCCGCACCGAACUCUCACCUUCAUCAACAGCUUUGAGCUGGUGACCCCCAGAAUCCCCUGCACCUUCCAGAACAUUCUGCUGCGGCUGUCCACACCGUUUACCAUUCGGACGCAACCGGACGGGUCGGCUCUUGACAGCAGGGAGAAGGUGAUGGAGCUCAAAGGUCAGAUGCUUCACCUACCCGAAUCCAACUCCAUCAUGUUCCUGGGCUCCCCACGAGUUGAUAGGCUGGAGGAGCUCAUGGGGCGGGGCCUGCAUCUUUCUGACAUCCCCAUGCACGACGCCACACGUGAUGUCAUCCUGGUCGGUGAACAGGCCAAAGCUCAGGACGGACUGAAGAAGCGCAUGGACAAGCUGAAGGCCACGCUGGAGAAGACCCAUCAGGCUUUGGAGGAGGAGAAGAGGAGAACGGUGGACCUGCUGUACUCUAUCUUCCCCGGUGACGUGGCUCAGAGACUGUGGCAGGGACUUCCUGUUCAGGCUAAAAAGUUUGAUGACGUCACCAUGUUGUUCUCUGACAUCGUGGGCUUCACGGCCGUGUGUGCGCAGUGCACGCCCAUGCAGGUCAUCAGCAUGCUGAACGAACUCUACACACGCUUCGACUACCAGUGCGGUAUACUGGAUGUCUAUAAGAUUGAAACUAUAGGUGAUGCGUAUUGCGUGGCAGGUGGGCUUCACAAGAAGAUUGACAGCCAUGCUAAGCCAAUCGCGCUCAUGGCUCUUAAGAUGAUGGAGCUGUCAGAGGAAGUGUUGACGCCCGAUGGAAAACCCAUCAAAUUGAGGAUUGGAAUCCACUCGGGUUCAGUGCUGGCUGGUGUCGUAGGUGUGAAGAUGCCUCGAUACUGUCUGUUUGGAAACAAUGUCACGCUGGCCAGCAAGUUCGAGUCAGGCAGUCACCCGCGCUGCAUUAACGUCAGCCCCACCACAUAUCAACUCCUAAGAGACGACCGCUCGUUCUCCUUCAUUCCUCGCUCCAGACAGGAUCUGCCCGACAACUUCCCCAAAGAGAUCCCGGGAAUCUGCUAUUUCCUGGAGGCAGGAAAGUCCCAGAGCCACGCCUCUCUCACCAGCACUCGCUCCGCCCCCAUCCGGAAAGUGUCCUACAACAUCGGGACCAUGUUCCUACGGGAGACUAGCCUCUGAGAUGGCCUCGCCCAUUCGCGACAUCAUCACGUCCUGUAGACUAGCGUUGCCCGUGGCAACUGGUUGCCCCGCCUCUCGAACGAAGCUUCAGCCCCAGAGGUAAAAAACUGACUCUGGAGACAGAGAGGAGGGCCCACACGCUGGCCCCACCCCCUUUAGGGAGCCAUGGACAAUUGUGUUCUGAAAAGACAAUAAAAACAAAUAUAUAUGUAGAUAUAUAUUGCAAAUAAAGCCUUCUGCUUAAUGGCAUAGCCUACUACACAAACACAUAACUCAAUAGUACACAAUAGUGCAGACUUACAAAUAAUACUGACGGACUCAUGUCGACACACACACACAGCAUUUUGCAGCAUCGCAGGUUAUAGAACUCACAUGCAUAACUUGGUGCCUUUACCCUCAAAUACACACACACGCACACACACACACGCGCACACACACACGCACACACAGUUUCAAGAACACUUAUUUAUCUCCACUAACAGACUCACAACACAACAGCCAUUAUUCACUGUUACAUCUGUUCUGUGUGUGUUUAUCUCUCUUAAUCCAUCGUGUUGAUUGUGUGUCUGUUACUGUGUGUGUUUGUCCUCCACUUUCUGUUGAAGUUUGCAUACACACACUAUUCACACACUGUUUGUGUGAAUUUUGUGUGAACUGUUUGUACACACACUAUUCACACACUGUUUGUGUUAUGAAUGGAUGCGGGUCUGUGUGAAGUCUAAGGCCAGUAACACGCUACACGAGUAUGCAAAUGCAGUCGGGAAUACAACGCACUGGUCAAUGCAUUUCAAGCAUACCGUCCCGUUCAUACUUCAUAUUUAACAUUUGUCUACUUGUGGACUUUGCAGAAAUGCACCGUAAACCUAUUUUACAAUACAAGCUUUUAUAAAGCAAGAUACAAUAAUGGAGCUAAUAACUUCUGUUGUUUGAAAUAAGUUUAACACACCAUAACAGACACGCAAACAUUUUUGUUUGUACCAUUUCUGAAUCACUCUUUCUUGCUAAUCUGAUUAAUGCAAUUUUUAUAACAUCAUUUAUGUGAAUUAAGUGAAAUACUCAACAUUGCAAAAAAUAAAUUUUCUUAAUACUUAGUACAAAUGUCUAAAACUUCUUAAAUCAAGCUUUUCAAUAACUACUUGAGAAGCAAAAUGACUUUGAAUUAGGCCUUUUUAAUAAAAGUCCAGUGUUUGAAAUUUAGCAGCAUGUAGUGGUGAGGUUGUGAAUUGCAACCAACGGCUCACUCCACCCCUCCCUUUCGAAGCAAUAUGAUGGCUGACACGACACAGGAUUAAGAUGUCGUCGCGUUUCUGUUUCUUUCCCGAAGGAGAUAACGUAUUUAUGGAAUGCGGUCUGUAGAGCAGUUUGUCUGUUUAGGGCUACUGUAGAAACAACAUGCAAAAAUUCCAUGCAGGGGGACCCGCGGUGUAUGUAGAGAGAAAUAGCUCAUUCUAAGGUAAUAAAACCAUAUCGCUUCAUUACGUAAGGUCUUUAUACACAUCUGAAGACAUAGUUAUGUAUAUUAUAUAGCAUUUCUGUCAAUAGAUCCUACAAAAAAGAUUCACACAGCACCUUUAAGUACGUAGGCUAUUUUUUUUAAGUUUAUUUUUCAUAUCCCAUUGGCAGAUGUUUUCCUUUGUUUGAAGCAUUAACUCACUCAUUUAGAUCAUUCCUUAUGAAAACAAGACUUCAUAUCUUUAUUUUGCUUUUCAAGGAUAUGCAUCUUGAUUUAAGAGUUUUUAGAUAUUCGUACUGGAAAACAGAAGUUUUUGUCUGCAGUGAAUGUCCUGUAGUAACCCAGAAGUCACAGUAUUUGCAUCAAGCUUAAAUCGUGUACGCAGCAGAAUCGCUGUCAGCAUGUCACAUAUCACAUAAACACAAAAUGUGUGAAGCUGGCCUUGUGUGUGUGUGUGUGUGUGUGUGUUUGUGUUUGUGUGUGUGUGUGUGUGUUUGUGUUUGUGUUUGUGUGUGUGCGUGCGUGCGUGCGUGCGUGCGUGCGUGUGUGUGUGUGUGUGUGCGUUCAUGUUUGUAUAUCCCUGUGCGUGCGUGUGUGUGUGUGUGCGUGUGUGCGUGCGUGCGUGUGACUGUAGUUUGUGGUCAUAACAUCAUGCUUAUUUUAGUCACAUCUGAUAAAACACACGAUCCCAUGAUGUGUCAGUCAUGUUUUCAAGAUGCCAAUAAAAUCCAUUCAUGCAAGUGUUACGGUGUCACUGUGUUUGCUUUUA